UCCGAAAGACGCAGAGGCGCUCGAGUAGCGGCUAUAACCUCAAUCCCGCGCUCGCAGGCCGCAGCUCAGUCGGCGCUCGCUCCUCGCCCCAUUCGCCAGUCGGUUUUAUGCGUAUAUAGGUAUACGAUUCGCGUGUUUACGCGAAAAAGUGGACGACGUGACUCCCACAGUGACAAUCAUGGCUGCGGAGAACCCUUUCAAGAAUCUGCUCAAGUCCAUCGAUGUCGCAGGAAAGUCAAAGAAGUUUUAUGAUGUCACUGCCUUUGGAGAAAAAUAUGAUAGAUUGCCGUUUUCUAUAAGAGUACUGCUUGAAAGUGCUGUUAGGAACUGUGAUGAAUUCCAAGUCAAAAGUAAGGAUGUCGAGAAGAUCUUGGACUGGGAAAAGAACCAGGCAGUGGAGGAUGGAGUGGAAGUGGCAUUUAAGCCUGCCAGAGUAAUCCUUCAGGAUUUUACUGGAGUUCCCGCAGUCGUUGAUUUUGCUGCAAUGAGAGAUGCUGUUAAAAGGCUCAAUGGAGAUCCGGACAAAAUUAACCCUGUGUGUCCAUCUGAUCUAGUCAUAGACCAUUCGGUUCAAGUAGACUUCACUAGAAGCGAAGAUGCUGGAAAAAAGAAUGAGGAAUUGGAGUUUGUGAGAAACAGGGAGAGAUUCAUGUUUUUGAAAUGGGGUGCCAAAGCAUUUGAAAACAUGUUGAUUGUACCACCUGGUAGUGGUAUAGUUCAUCAGGUCAAUCUGGAGUAUUUGGCCAGAGUGGUCUUCGACAUGAAUGACUACUUGUUCCCUGACAGCGUAGUGGGAACAGACUCUCACACUACUAUGAUCAACGGUCUUGGUGUCCUUGGCUGGGGAGUCGGCGGUAUUGAAGCCGAAGCUGUUAUGCUUGGACAAGCUAUAUCUAUGCUUAUCCCCAAAGUCGUUGGUUAUAAAUUGGAGGGAGAAUUAAAUCAGUACGUCACGUCAACUGAUCUCGUGCUCACCAUCACAAAGAAUCUGCGGCAACUGGGUGUUGUUGGAAAAUUUGUUGAAUUCUUCGGCCCUGGCGUUUCUCAACUGAGCAUUGCCGACCGAGCUACUAUCUCCAACAUGUGUCCCGAGUACGGAGCAACAGUUGGCUUUUUCCCUGUAGACCAGCAGAGUUUACACUAUCUUCGCCAAACAAGUCGAUCUGAGGAACACAUAGAAAGGAUCGAAAAAUAUCUUAAGUCAGUGCGUAUGAUCCGAAAUUACGAUGAUGCGAGUCAAGACCCUAUUUUUUCUGAAGUCGUCUCUCUAGAUCUGGCAACCGUCGUUUCCAGUGUCAGUGGACCCAAGAGACCGCACGAUCGCGUCUCUGUUGUUGACAUGAAGAAAGAUUUCAACGCUUGUCUUACUAACAAAGUAGGCUUCAAAGGUUACGGCUUAAGCGGAGAGAAGGUGAAGACCGAGGGCGUCUUCCAGUUCGAGGGUAAGGAUUACAAGCUCCGCCAUGGCUCCGUCGUCAUCGCCGCCAUCACCAGCUGCACCAAUACUAGCAACCCCAGCGUUAUGCUCGGCGCAGGACUCCUGGCGAAGAAGGCCGUGGCGGCGGGCCUGACGGUCGCGCCUUACAUCAAGACGUCCCUGUCACCGGGUUCGGGUGUAGUUACCUACUACCUGAAGGAGAGCGGCGUCGUCCCGGCUCUUAUCCAGCUCGGUUUCGACACCGUCGGCUAUGGCUGCAUGACCUGCAUCGGUAACAGCGGACCUCUGCCCGACUCCAUGGUCGAGGCUAUAGAGAAGAACGAGCUGGUGUGCUGCGGGGUGCUCUCCGGCAACCGUAACUUCGAGGGCAGGAUUCACCCGAACACCCGCGCCAACUACUUGGCGUCGCCGCUCCUGGUCAUCGCCUACGCGAUCGCCGGAACCGUCGACAUCGACUUCGAGACCGAGCCACUCGGUCGCAGAGCCGACGGCAAGGAAGUCUUCCUGCGCGACAUCUGGCCUUCCCGCUCCGAGAUCCAGGCCGUCGAGCAGCAGUACGUCAUCCCUGCGAUGUUCAAGGAGGUCUACUCCAAGAUCGAGAGAGGCAGCAACAGCUGGGCUAAUCUCGCGGCGCCGAGCGGCAAGCUCUACCCGUGGGAUGUCAACUCGACCUACAUCAAGAACCCUCCGUACUUCGAGGACCUCCAGAGGGAAUUGCCUGUCGCCAAGCCCAUCAAAGGCGCCCGAGUGCUUCUCAACCUCGGAGAUUCGGUCACCACCGACCACAUCAGUCCCGCCGGCAGCAUAGCCCGCAACUCUGCCGCGGCUAGAUACUUGUCCAAGAGAGGGUUGAAUCCCAAAGACUUUAACUCCUACGGCUCGCGACGUGGAAACGACGCCGUGAUGGUUCGAGGAACUUUCGCAAACAUUCGAUUACUCAACAAAUUCAUUGGCAAGGCUGGACCUCGUACGAUUUACAUUCCGACAAACGAAGAGAUGGACGUGUACGACGCCGCGGAGAAGUACAUAAACGACGGCACGGCGUUGAUUGCUUUGGUGGGCAAGGAGUACGGCUCGGGUUCGUCCCGUGAUUGGGCCGCCAAAGGACCUUUCCUCCUAGGCAUUCGCGCUGUCAUCGCCGAGUCCUAUGAACGCAUCCAUCGCUCAAAUCUCGUAGGCAUGGGUAUCGUGCCGUUGCAAUAUCUGCCCGGCCAGUCAACCGAAAGUCUCGGACUCACCGGCUACGAGACUUUCGACAUCGACAUUCCCCAGGACAUUCAGCCUGGACAAAAGAUCCGCGUUAAAACCGAUAAGGGACAUGACUUCGAGGUCAUCGUCAGGUUCGACACUGAGGUCGAUCUCACGUACUACAAGCACGGUGGCAUUCUUAACUACAUGAUUCGCAGCAUGAUUUAAGCAGGCCUCACAGUUUUCGUGAUGAAAAUGUAAUAACAGCCUUAAAGGGAAAGCUUUUGUAAGAUUGGGUAUCUUUCAUUUUUUAGAAAUUCUUGUAAGGGUAUGGAUUUUUAUGCAGCGUUUGAAGAUGUACAGGUAUGAGCGCAGUUAUAUGAAUUAUGAGAACAAGUCUAACGGUUUGAACCUUUUUAUUAUUUUGUUGUUAUGCUAUUUGAAUAAUUAUUUAGCGUGUAAUAUGGAACUUUGGUUUUGGUAGUGAAAUGUGUGCUUUGAAUAUUCAUUCAAUUCUUCAAUCAUUGUAUAUACAACGCACCAUUCCCCAAAAAGAGUUGAAAGAACAAUUACUUGAAAAACGUGUAACGUUUGAUGUUAUUUUUUUAAUAAGAAUGUAUUUAAAAUUGAUCUAAUAAAACAAUACAUAAGUUAUUUGUAACAAUAAGAGUUAUAUGCAAUACACGUAAUGCUUAACGUGACGAAUUUAAUCCUACGGCAUACAAAUAUGAUUAUAAAUUUUUUUUCAGUAGAGAGCAACAUACAUGAAUUGUUUUAUCUACUACGAGGCAAAGAAAAUGGAUUUAAGAGUAGGUCUUAAGCUUUGGUUCAAUUUUGGUGAUAUUAACAAUCAAGAGAGAUAUUAACUAAAAAGUCUCCGAGCUCAAGGAACAAAUGGUAACUCGAAAAUUAUAAGACUCAAAAAGACUCUAGUGAAUGUAAACCUUUUUUUGUUAUGACUCGCUGGCUUUUUUAAUGAUAUUGGCAUUCCAAGAUUGUUGAUGAGUUAUUGAUUCAUAUUUUUAUAUUUUACCGAAAAAGGGAUAUUUUAUACAAAUAAAUGUACAUCCUGAUCACUUGUCUUUGCAUAUGUAUCUUAGAAUACUGUACACAAUAAAUUGUUAACGAAAUCUUUUUUGAAUAUA